GCCGCUCCCGCCCCUCCUUCCGCGUCUUCGCCGCCAGCACCGCCGGGGGCAUCCGGGGGUCGCUUACCGGGCUGGCCCCGCGCCGCAGCCGUCGCCUCAGCCUCCUGCCAGCGGCCGUCCCGGGAACAGGCUCGCCGGCCGCGGCGCCACUCGGGGCCUCAGUUCUCGCUCGCUCGUCGUCGCCGCGGGUCCUGGAGAAGCGGCCGCGGCCGGGGAACGGGGCUUCGCGGUUCCAACGAUUAACUGCUGAAGUACUGAUCGAGUUCUGCGUUUCUUCAAUGAGGAACUACAGGCUUAUCUUCUGCCAUAAUCUCAAACAGCCAUAAAUGACAAAAGAAUGCUUGCUCAGUGAGGGUAGCAGGUGCACAAGUCAUUUUUUAAACUUAGGUGUUUAAGUGCUCAAAGAAAAGACAGCUUUGAUUUCUGGCUGCAAAAAAGAUAUGAGGAAGAGCUCCUCCCCUUCCUUGAGUAACUGCAACUCCGUUCUUGCUAACAAAAUAUUUGGAAUUCCACUUGAUGAGCUGCAGCAGGGAGGACAUCCAGACAAUGAGGUUCCGUUCAUAGUCCGCCACGUUGUGGACUAUAUUGAGGAACAUGGAGGUCUGGAGCAACAAGGACUUUUUCAAGUCAAUGGAAAUGCUGAGACAGUGGAGUGGCUUCGGCAGAGAUAUGACAGUGGAGAAGAGGUGGAUUUGGUUAAGGAAGCAGAUGUUCCCUCAGCUAUUAGUCUUCUUAGGUUUUUCCUUCAAGAACUUCCUGAACCUGUUAUCCCUGGCAGUUUGCAUAUUCACUUGAUGCAGCUUUCUCAAGAUUAUAAUAACGAAGAUGAAUUUGGAAGAAAAUUGAAGUUCCUCUUGCAACAGCUUCCACCUGUUAAUUACAGUUUAUUGAAGUUUCUGUGUAGAUUUUUAGCCAAUGUAGCUUCACAUCAUGAAGAAAUUUGGUCUGCGAAUUCUUUGGCUGCUGUCUUUGGUCCAGAUGUCUUCCACAUUUAUACAGAUGUGGAAGAUAUGAAAGAGCAAGAAAUAGUGAGCCGGAUAAUGGCUGGACUUCUGGAAAAUUACUAUGGGUUUUUUGAGAAUGAAGAGGAAGAGUUUUCAUCAAAUGAUUUGAGUUCCAUUACAGAACAGGCAGGUAGCAGCGUUCUCCACAAGCUGGAGUCUGGAGAUCAGGCAUUUCCUGAGGCCCUAGAGAAGGGAAUUACAGCAGUCAAAGACAGAAGAGAUGUUAAUGAACUUUCUGAGGAAGACGAGGAAGAUGAAAAGCUGGAACAUAUAGAAGAACUUCCAGAGGAGCAUGCAGAAAAAUCAAACGAAAUGCCAGAAGAGGUUCAACUGAGGAUGACUGAAAAUGUCCUGGAGUCAAAUGGUGUUAUGGCAUCAACAAGUGUUCAUAUAUCUUCUACCAGCAUCUUACCAGCCUCUGCAGACAUUUUAGAAAGAACAAUUAGAGCAGCUGUGGAACAGCACCUUUUUGAUCUGCAGAGCAGCGUAGAUCACGAUUUUAAGACUAUCCAGCAGCAGAGUUUGAUGUGUAAUAAUGAAGCAGGAAGUAUUAUUUGUGAUGGGAAAGGAUCUAAUAACCAGGUUGAUAUCACUGUCGAUAUUUUUAAUGCCAGUAAAGGUGACAGAGGCUGUUCAAAACCUGUGGCAAGCACUAAUCUAGACAAUGAAGUUAUGCAGCAAGAUUGUGUAUUUGAGGAUGAAGAAAAUAACCAGUCUGUAGGUAUACUGUUAGAGCCAUGCAGUGACCACAGUGAGGGUGAAGAUGGCUGUCUUGAUAGGAAAGAAUAUUUGUUAUUUGACAGUGAUAAAUGGUCACACUUGAUUCUGGAUUCUAGUAGCACAAUCUGUGAUUUGAAUGCCAAUACCGCAUCCGAAGUAUGUGGAAGUCAAAGUAUUGAUGCUCAAGAGGAAGCAGACUGUGUCCAGAUUCCACACUUAGAUCUGAAGAAUGUUUCUGAUGAUGAUAAAUGGGAAGAGCCAUUUCCUGCUUUUAAGUCUUGGCAGGAAGACUGUGAGUCUGGAGAAGCUCAGCUGUCUCCCCAAGCUGGAAGAAUGAAUCAUCAUCCGCUGGAAGAGGACUGUCCUCCAGUGUUAUCACACCGCAGUUUAGAUUUUGGGCAGAGCCAGCGUUUCCUACAUGAUCCAGAAACGUUGGAUUCCUCAUCUAAAGCGCUUUCUUUUGCUAGGAUUCGAAGAUCAUCCUUUAGUUCAAAAGAUGAAAAAAGAGAAGACAGAACACCUUAUCAGCUGGUCAAGAAACUGCAGAAAAAAAUCAGACAAUUUGAAGAGCAGUUUGAAAGGGAAAGAAAUAGCAAGCCCUCCUACAGUGAUAUAGCAGCCAAUCCAAAGGUGUUAAAAUGGAUGACAGAGCUCACUAAACUGCGGAAGCAAAUUAAAGAUGCAAAGCACAAAAGCUCUGAUGGAGAAUUUGUACCUCAGACACGUCCACGUAGUAACACUCUUCCAAAAAGCUUUGGUUCUUCUCUAGACCAUGAAGAGGAGGAGAAUGAGGAUGAAUCCAGAAUCAUUCAGAAAGAGAAGAAGCCAUCUAAAGAAGCAACCCUUGAACUUAUUUUGAAGAGACUGAAAGAAAAACGUGCUGAGAGGUGUCUUCCAGAAGAUAUCAAGAAAAUGACAAAAGAUCAUUUGGUAGAAGAGAAAACUUCUCUCCAGAAAAGUCUUCUUUACUAUGAAAGUCAACAUGGAAGGCCGGUGACCAGGGAAGAAAGGCACAUUGUUAAACCUCUUUAUGAUAGGUACCGGCUUGUAAAACAGAUGCUGACAAGAGCUAGCAUCACUCCUGUCCUUGGAUCUCCAUCUACCAAGCGAAGGGGUCAGAUGUUACAGCCAAUCAUAGAAGGAGAAACUGCACAUUUUUUUGAAGAAAUCAAGGAAGAAGAAGAAGAUGGUGUAAGUUUGUCCUCUGAAUUAAGUGAUAUCUUGAAAACUGCUGUACAGGCACAGUCUUCAUUGGAAAACUCAGAAUCUGACAUUGAAGAAAAUCAAGAAAAACUGGCUCUGGAUCUCCGAUUGUCAAGUACUCGUGCAGCUUCUAUGCCUGAAUUACUGGAACAACUUUGGAAAGCCAGAGCUGAAAAAAAGAAACUACGUAAAACAUUAAGGGAAUUUGAAGAAGCAUUUUAUCAACAAAAUGGAAGGAAUGCCCAGAAAGAGGAUCGUGUUCCAGUACUUGAGGAGUACAGGGAGUACAAGAAAAUUAAAGCGAAGCUUAGGCUUCUUGAAGUUCUUAUCAGCAAACAAGAUUCUUCAAAAUCCAUAUAAAAUAUACUCCUUGAACAAUUCAUAUCUUAAAGUCAGUGUGUCCCUUGAUGUUAUCAUCCAUGUGUACUUGGCUGGUACUUGAGUUCAUUUUUUCAGGCACUCAGAAUUUCAUUUUGUACUUGGUUGUGGUACCACUAAACAGAUGACUGGAGGGUAAGUAGGCCCCUCUAGGAGUGCAGGUGAUGUUCCAUAGUAACUACAGACUGACCUCUCCACCUUUAGCAGACAUGCAGCUUCCUUCAUUGUUUUGUACUGCAGAUACAUCCUGUUAGCAAAAGACUAGAAUUUUAUCCUUUCAAGAACUUUGAAAAUACAAAGCUUUUUGUUACUACCAACUUAUUUUUUCCAUUACUGAAGAAAAUUGAGAGGAAAAUCUUCACACUGAAUUCUUCGGUUGCCUUUUUCUUACAGAAUGACUGAAAAUUUGAAAGAAAAGCCUAUAAACAUGCACAUAUGCAACUGUGUUGUUUUCCUAGAAAACCAAAAUCAAACUGAAAUUUCAAGGCCUACUGUGGAACACCUUUCUGUUUAAUUCCCAAAGUGACACCUUCUCACAGGUAUUAUGCUAGCAAAAUUUUGCGAUGCAGUGGUCACACAACUCCUGGAUGAAGAUAACAGUGGGUACCAAAAAGUGACCUUGCUUUAGUACAUUGAAAACAUAUACCACACAUCACACACAGAACUGAAUCAUAUCACAUGCUGCCUAUGGGACUUCAGUUACUGUUUGUUUCCUCAGUUACUGUUUAUCAGCUGGUGAUGAUGUGAUUUGUCUGGAUCAGAUCUUGUGUGCUGUCCCCUCCCCCCACCUCCAGAUAAUGUGAGAAAAUAGCCAUGUCAGUAGGUAGGAAUUCUGAUGGUGCUCUGAUUUGUGUGUUCAAUCAAAUGGGCCUAACUUGGCAAAAUCAUCAUUAUGCCUAAAGUAAAUCUGUUCUUAACAAGGGCUGUACCACUGCAUUUUUACAUAUACCUUCAGGGGUUGCACCUUUUAUUUUCCUCUUUUAAUCAGCAAAAUUCAUAUAAACAAUACCCUGUAAAAGAGACCACCUUUUGCUAAAUUGCAUGCUGUGUAAAGCAGAUGUUUUCAGGAUGGGCAGUGGUAUGCCGUUGUCACUGACUCUUAGCCUACUUUCUUUCCUUUGGCUUUGCAUGGCUUUUCUUCAGGUACUCUCCUGGUAUCAUUCUGCUAAUCAUUUUUCACAGCAGGUGACUUCAUUUGUGCUAAUAGUAUGACAGCAAACUUAGGUCAGUCUUACUCUAAGUUUUUUUUACCUGGUGCUUUUUUGUAUUGAUGAGUGUCUCACCUUGUGCCCAUGUUUUGCAUGCAGUGACUCAUGCAUGGUUUCCUUAACUAACUACUAUUAACAGUUUAUUCCAUACAGAGAUGAAAUCUUGCAGCAUUGUUUAAUAAGGGAGGGAAGCAUGAACCUCAGACUUCCGGCACUAUUUCAUAGUAAGCACAGUGAAGUAGCUUGGUAGUAGUGUCACUAAUACUUCACAUUUCACCUUGUGUGUGCAAUACCUUUUUUGGGGGGAGGGAAAAAUCCAGUGGUAGUGAAUAUGUAGUUGGAGAUGUAAAAAAAUACUGAAUCCAGCCUCCCCCCGCCCCCGCUUUUGGGAGUGGUUUCUUUCGAUACUAGAUUACUCAUAAUGCAUACCUAGUAAAGUGAAAUUGAAAAUGCCAAAAGUUGUAUCACUUUGGUUUAAAUCCAUUGUGCAGUGUACAUUUCAGUUAAUUCGGAAUCCAGACAGUGUAUUCAAACAUCUGAUUUUCUGUGCACUGUAUAUUGUUUUAUAUGAAUGUUUUAUUUUAUAUACCACAUGCAAAAAUGUCCAUAUGCACUAUUUAAAUGUUUUAAAUAAUAUAUUCCUUCUUUAUAAUGCUAAAUCUAUAUGAGUACCAUAUUUUUAUAAGUCAGUGGCCUGACAGGUUUCAUUUUAGAGUUAACAGCUGCUUCAUGAUGUUGGUUAUUCAGUGUUAAUGUUUGGCUGCAAGUAGAAUAGAUAAAAGUGGCAUGGCAACACUUCCGCUGUGUGACAGUAUUGUGUGUCAUAGUUUGAGCAGUAGGCGGUAGAAUUAGGCAGUUUGUGAUAGUUUUCCUUUGGUACAAAUAAAAACUGUAUAUCUAUAUACAAAUAUUAUAUAGAUAUAUGUCUACCAGUAUAAUUGCAUUGCUGUGUCUGGCACUUCAUUGUAUAGACUUUUGUAAUAAAAGUACUUGUCCUGAGUCAUUGUAAAUGUUUGUUUAUUUUUUGAGAAGGUGUUAAAAAGGAAAAAAAAUGGAGACCUCAAAUGUUCCCUUGCCUUAGUGUUCUUAGGCUUUUGUUUGAAUUACCCUACCCAGGGACUAUUUCAGGGGACAUAGAGUUACCAGAUUACUUGACUGGCUACAGUUUUGUGGAGUGGUAAGGCAGAGCAAGACCACUGAUUGAGAGUAAGUGAGCUUCCUUGUUACAGUGAGUUACCCUAUUAAGGAAACUUGAUGUAUAGUCUGAAAAAGAAGUGCUUGGCAUGAGGAUGGUGGGUAGUGAUUUAAAAAUCCCUUUACUCAAGUUUUAAAAUCCAAGGACUAUUGUGCACCAGUGUGGAAGUUGAGUGCUUUGGUCCAAUGAUGUUUCUUGGACCCAGAGAACAUUUGGCUGGCUUAUGUAGCCUAGAAUUAUUAGAAGCAUUUCCCUCUAGUUUCCAAAAUGCUAGCCGUACACAGCUCUCCAGUCACUGAGACAGGGCCCUUGCAGCAUUCUCAUUUGUAAGUUCCAGACAAAACGUUACUUUUUGAUCCUGAUAUAUCAGCCUACCUUGCUCUUUGUUUUGUUUCUGGAAAACUAAAAAUGUGUUACUCUGUAAAUCGUCUAUGUGAAUUUCCAGGUUGAAGAUAUUAGUGAAAUGUCUGUAGGUGGUUGUGAGUUUGUUCCAUUACACUUUGUUUUUUUCCAGGGGACUUUGAAUUCUAAAGAUUGGAAGGAGAUUAUUUUACUUGAGUCUUAUAUUUUAAUGGUUUUCUAGAAUUCUGAACCUUUACUUAGUUAUGGUCAAAGGAAGUCAGAACACGGCACCUGGUGCACUCGAAAGCACCUAGAGUUCUUGUACCCUGUGACAGUUAGAAAACUUGACCUACUCAGUGGGCUUUUAGAGACCUGCCCCAUCAACCAUAAGCAUUUUGUACUUCACAUUGCUAGAAUUUAAUAAUAAAUCUUGUUAUAAAGUCUUGUGUGUGUACCAGUGUGUGUUGACCAGAGGCAUGUUAGUAUGCAUGGGUUGUAUAGUGGUUCCCCUUUGGAAAACUGAAGUCUUGGAAAUCACUUGAUUAUUUUUGACCCUGAGAACAGUUUGAUGAGAAGUGGUUUAGUGUUUUUGAGAAGUUUGGCUGAAAUGAGAACCAAUUUAGGAAAUAAUUCAGUACAUGAUUAAGUCAGAAAUACUCAGUGAUUUGUAACAUAGAUUCUCACCUCACUUGUCUUGCAGAGCUGAAAACUUUCUCAUCACUCGGUUUAAUUUUAAACUGAUGUAGCGUAAUUCUUUCUCCAGCUCCACAGCAUAUAAAAAAAGUCUAGAAGGUAAUUUAAAAGGAAGUGGGGGAUGAGUCAGUAAUAUGGUAGGUUUUUAGUGCCUACUGUGAAAUACUUUGAGAAGGAAGAUAGUAUUGUAAGCUUCCAAAACGUGGCUUGUAUAGCCAUUUAUAGAGCUACUAAAGCUGUGUGGGGAACAGUAUCUGAUAUCCACAUCAACUAUAAAUGGCAGUAUUUAGAGAUGAAGGGCUAAGAAAAAUUGAUCUUUUGUUGUUAAGCAGAUAGAGUCAUGUGCUUUGAAAUUGGGUAGAAAAUGAAGAAAUGAUACUUCACUAAGGUUCUAGGUUCAGGAAAAUAGUAUGACUCAUGUUCUUAAUCCCCCAUCACAAUAUCACAUAUUGGUUAGAACAAAUGCUUACUCUCGAAAUUCUUGUUGAGUGACAGGCUGGUAGUCAUCUUGAAUUUCUGCAGAAUAAUACUUUUCCUCAAGUCUCUCUUUCCAUUUUUUCAUCUGCUCUGCCCUUUUGAUCUCCUGUCAAUUUAGAGAAUGAGUAUAGUUUGCAAGUUUUAUAUUUCUUUUUUCAUGUCUGAUACACAGGCAUCACAAAGAAGGAACUUUAAAGUAAACUUGGAUUGUCGGUCUCACUUCUUUUGCGCCGGUUCUGGUUUCAGGGUCUGUGCACCAGCAAAAUCACCUUGGAGGACUUGGUGAAAGAGCUGGUUGGCACAGAGAAGGCUGUUUGUUUAAUUAUAAAUUAUUCUUGUUUCGUGGCCUUUCCCCUUGCAUCUCCAUCUGAGUUUCUUCCUGACUCCCUCCUUCACUCAUCAAAGCUGAGUUGUUCUGCUGUGCCUCUGUUCUGUGAUGUAGAGAAUGAAUUCCAAAGUACAUCUGGUGGUAUUCGUUACUCUCCCAGCAGUUAUUUAUCAACUGCUGCUGAUUUACCUCAAUCUUUUUGUAGUUAUUCUGUUGCUUAGUCCACCUUUGUACUCCCAACUGUUCAUGUACCCCCAGACAAGCUCAUACCAGAAAGUUUAUGUUGCUGCACCCUUCCCUGAUCCUAAAGGGUCCUUCCUGUGUAUUAUUCUCACUGCCACUCACUUUCCUUGUAGUAUACAAAAUCUUUUCUCCAAUUUCUGGAAAAUAAAAUGCCCUGUGUGUUGAAAAUAGGGACAGCCCUAGGGAAAGAGAAGGCAGUGCAUCCAGAUGUGAUUCACAAAACUGCUCCAUAAAUUGGUAUGUUACUGCCCUCUCCAGCAAUAAUCCUUGGUAAUAAAGUGGUUCCCUGUAUACGGGUUGUGAUUACCUUCCUCAGGGAGGAUGGUGAUGCCUACUUCCACACCUCUGUUUACCUGAGACAUGUGACCUGUUCUGGUCAAGUUCUAAGUUUUAUCAGACAAUGACUUUAAACCAAUAUAUCUGAAGCAGGAAAGGAAGGCUUUCAGUCUUGCCAGUACUUCAGACAGAUGACAGCACCCACGUUUUGACAUACUUCUAACAUGUUAAAAUGAUGAUAGGCCCCCCAAGCCAGUUUUUAAUGACUAGACUGAUUAUAACAUCAGAUGGAUUAGUGAUAAUGGGCUGAAUAUGCAUAGUAAACUUUACUCAUCCUUUAAAAAACUCAUCCCAGCCAUCACACUUCUCUAUGAAGUAUUUUUUUUCCCCGAAGAAACCUUUUAUUUAAGGAAUACAAACUUCAUGCAUUUCAUAAGUACAACUUUUAGGAAUGCAGUGAUUCUUCCCACCAUACCCACAUUCUCACCCCUCCUCCUCCUCCUCUUCCUUCCUCUCCCAUUCCCAGUCCCAUUCUCCACUAAGAUCCAUUUUCAAUUAACCUUAUACACAGAAGACCAACUCUAUAUUUAGUAAAGAGUUCAACAAUUUGCAUCAAAAAAAAUUUCCUUAACAGUUGAGACAGGCUGUUCAAAGUCAUUAUAUCUUGAAAUUAAUUUCACUUUUUUUUGAAAGUUCAAUUUAAAGAAGCACCCAAGAAUGAUACAUCUUUUACGAGCACUUAGGCAUAAUUAUAAUACAACUCUGAGGACAGAAGUCCUGCAUGGGAAGAUAGUGCACAGUGACUUCCUGUUGUUAAUUUAAAAGUUAACACUUAGGUAUAUGAACUCUUUCUUGAAGUUCAUAGGGAAGUGGUACCAUUCUUCCUGGCAGGGGGAUCCUCCUGCCAAGCUGCUACAUCCUCUGUAGGUGGAAGCUGUUUUGCAGCUGCCUCUGGAUUACCUGAGUGUCCGUACAGGCUCUUCCAGCCUCUACUGCCUCAGAUGUGAAUUCUGUUACAUGCAAUCCCCCUUUUGAGUUACCUAUAUGAUUUCUAUUUUUCUGACAACUCUUAACUGAUGAAUAAAUACUUUGUAGCAAGGAAGGUCCAAAGAAACAAAUCCUUAAAGAUGGCGUGCUUCCAAGGAACACAGUGGACUUGGGAAUUUGGGAUUACUGCCUGGCCAUGUGGGAUUCCUCAUGCUACAGAACCAACUGGCAAAGAAGUUGUUACUCAGCUGACUGAAGUGAUUGAUCCCCAUGACUGGGGAAGCCGGGCUACUGCUCCAAAAUGGGCAAGAGGAGGCUGGUUUACCAGGGAAGUCUCUUCCAUGUCCAAAAAUAGCAGGUAAUGGGAAACCAUGGCAUCCUAUUGAAGACAGGUCCACUGAGGAUUUGGUCUCUGAAUUAAUAAAGGUUCAGUUAAUCCUCAUGCAGCCAGCUGAAGUCUUGGCUGUGGGCAAAAGGAAUGACAAGGAAUAGGUAGUGGAAGAAGUUAAAAAUACCAACUACAGUCUUGUGAUCUAUUACAGCAAGGGCUGGAGCAGCUGUGCAUUUUGACUUGCAUGUUUAUGUGUUUCUCCCUUUAAACAAGAAAUGGUGGUGGUAGUGAACUUUGAAGUUUAAACAUUAGGUUACAAAGUUUUCUUAAACAUUAGUGUCUCUACUGGGAGAGGUCUUAGCAUUAUACAAAGAAAAAUACAAUGACUGUUGGGUCUCUGCUCCUCCCAUUUUGGGGGUGCGGGGUAGAAGUACGAGGGAUAGUUCCAUCUGAUUUAAUGGAAGCUUGAUAUUAUUUUACAGAAGUGCAAAUGUGUGCUAAAUAGCCAAAAAGAUGGUGGGUUGAGUCAACUAGUUAAUGUCUCAACUCAAAAUUGACCCUCCUAUUCUCUCUCAUGCUGGAUCUCAGGCUUUGGAAGCCUUAUUCCCCAGACUCUCUCACUACCUGGGUUUUUGUUAGAUUCUGCUGAUAUUUGGGGCAGGGAGGGAAGAAGGGACUUCAUAUUUUUCCUGUUUCUGGAGGCAGUGCUUAUGUAAUAGUACUUAGGCCAGCAGCAAGGGCUGGCUCCAGGCUGCACCAUCCUGCUGCUCCUCGCAUCGUCAGAACUAGCCUCACCACACCCCUCAGAAGUAUCCGAAGCAGGCCUCUUGGGCAGGGUACACUCUCCGACCCCUGAGCACAGCUCCACAGGCCCUUCUCUAAGACACUAGGUUUCAGUUUGUAGCCUCAGACCUGAAAUUGGUAGCCUCUUCCUACAGUUAUUGUUUAUGAGUUGCCUUGGAGUUCUCAUUUUAUACUUGGUCUUAAAUAUGUAUGUGUAACCAAUUUCUUACAGUGAAUUUUUUCUGUUUGAAGUACAUAUGUGUUUCUUUUUUUUUCCUGACUAGGCCCAGAAUGAUAAAUGUAUUGUGUAUUCUCAUUUGGUCAGAUAUAUUUUUGUGUCUGUAAGGAAUGCUAAAAAUUUUUCUGUAUCUUGAUUUUGAACAUUUUUGUAGAUUGCUAAGCAUUUUGUAUUUUGUUGGUGUUAUCAAUAGGGUUAUCUAUUACAAUUUUUAACAAACACUGAUUUUUGUAUAUAUGACAUACUUGUAUUUAAAUGAAUUAUUUUUUCAUAGUACUUUAUUGGAUUUUCUUUUUGUUGUUGUAAGUUUUCAGUUCAUUAUAUACCUCAAAAAUUUAGAAGAAUCAUCUGAAAUAGAGGUAGUUUUACCUCUUUGCGAUUCUUGUACACCUAAUAUAUCUCUUGUCUAAUUGUUUAAUUUCUUUACUACAUCAUUGUUUUGUCUGUUGUGUCUGGUGUUUUCCUAUUAAAAUGGUAGCUUAUGGGAUGAGACUGUUUUUAUAUCAGUGAAGUGUUAUUGAUUCCUGUUGUGUUUUCUCCCCAAGAUUAGGUGUUGAAGCUUAACGAAUACCCAGCAUCUAUGGAAAAUGAUCAUGUAGUUUUCCUCUUUUAAUACAAUGAGUUAUGAUAAAUAGUUGAUGACCCAAUUUUGAACUGCUCUUUCAUUCCUAGAAUAAACCCUAUCUGAUCGUGAUAUAUUAUUGUGUGGUGGUAAAUUUUAUUUGCCAACAUUUUAUUUAGGAU